CGCCCUCGUCCUCAGUGUCAAUGGUAGAGACCACCACAUCGCCGGGUAUUCGGACCUGUGGGAGUCCCAUCGUGGCUCCCAUCACGGAUUCUGCCUCGCCCACCAGUUAUCUCACCACGGCGAUGUUGCUGGGAGGUCAAGGAUGCGGUUACUUGGGCCAGAGACUCCACUUCAAGCCAGACCGCCCAGACCAGACAGUCGUGCAGAGUCAUACACCCUCGUCCAGGGUGUCGGGGUCAUCAUCAACAUCCCUCUUCACUAUCGACAGCAUCCUAGCCCAGAAACCAUCGCACAGUCCCACAAACUCCCCACCAGCAACUUCCGUGGGCAGCAGUCCACUUCGACACCCCGCCAUGCUUCAUCCCUCGAGACUGCACUUGGGACAUCUGGCCGCCGCAGCGGCGAGCGGAUUCGGCGCCACAUCAGACUUCCUGGUGGCAUAUCCAAGUUUCUACCCAAAUUAUAUGCACGCAGCGGCAGUGGCUCACGCUGCUGCUACCCAAAUGCAAGCUCACGCCUCGAUGAGUCACCACGGUGGACUUGGGGGGCCUCCGCCAAAGCGGAAACGACGCCACAGGACGAUCUUCACGGAGGAGCAACUGGAGCAAUUGGAGGCGACUUUCGAAAAGACUCACUAUCCUGAUGUCGUCCUGCGGGAGCAAUUGGCACUUAAAGUGGACCUCAAGGAGGAAAGAGUUGAGGUUUGGUUCAAGAAUCGUCGGGCAAAAUGGAGGAAGCAGAAGCGCGAGGAGCAGGAGAGGCUGAGGAAGCUUCAGGAUGAGCACAGCGGCAAUGCUGGGAGUGUCUCUAGUCUCAAAACUGAAGAUUUGCCUUCUCCAGUUCUUCCCCUAUCCACAUCGAUUCACAACUUUAGUGAUGCUGAAGAUUCAUCUGACUUGGAAGUUGCCUAAGUUUCUCAAAAGAUAUCCUUUCAUCUUCAUAACCUUUGAGUUUUCCCCACUCCCUUCUUUGUCAAUCGUCGCUCUUUUCAAGUGAGAAUCUUUGUUAGGUAAUUAAAAUGACCAUAGGAAAUAAGAGGAUAUAUUUAAAAUUCCGCUAUAAUAUUAAAUGUGAUAAAAGAGACGUAAAAAAAUUUUAUUUACCACCCGAAGAGACACUGAAAGAAUAGAUAAAUUAAAAGUCAUAAGUGUACAUUUCACCAAAUUUAUCACAAUUUAUUAGUCAAAUAGAGUAAACACUACCACUUGUACAGCAGAUACUCAGAAAUAACUCAAUUAAAAAAUCUGUAUGUUUACUGUAGGAA